UUUGCAACGAUUCUAUGUGAGUUUGGUUACGCGAACGCGAAGGUUUACAUAAACCCUUCUUUCUUUGUUUUCGCGUUCAGCAAAAAUGUCUUCCAAAGGACCUGGUCUUUUCUCUGAUAUCGGCAAAAAAGCCAGAGACAUCCUUACGAAAGAUUACAACUCCGAUCAAAGAUUCACCAUCUCCUCCUCCACCAACUCCGGUCUCGAUUUAAAUUCAUCAUUAGUGAAAAGUAGAGGACUCUCUUCCGGGGAUGUUGCUGCUCAAUUUAAACACAAGAACAAAACUGUUCAUUUCAAAGUUAAUACCGAAUCAAGUGUGUUGACAACGUUUACUGUAACUGAUGUUGUGCCUUCCUUAAAAACUGUUGCUUCUAUUCGAUUACCUGAUUACAACUCUGGCAAGAUUGAGGUUCAAUAUCUUCAUGAUCAUGCUGGUUUUACUACUUCUGUUGAUUUAAAUCGGACCCCUAUUAUUGAUUUUUCCGCGACAAUUGGUACUGCUGGUGUUGCCUUUGGAGCGGAAACCAGCUACUCUACAAGUGUUGGCAACUUUACAAAGUACAAUGCUGGAUUAUGCUUGAAGCUGCCGAGAUCCAAUGCUUCAGUAAUUUUAGCUGACAAGGGAGACUCCAUGAAGGUAUCGUAUUUGCGUGACCUAGAAAGGUUGAAUGGAGGGGCUUUUGUGGGAGAAAUUAGCAGAAGGCUCUCUACAAACGAGAACACAUUGACAGUUGGAUGUUCUUAUGUGGUAGAUCCUCAGACAAUUGUGAAGGCAAAGCUCAACAACCAUGGCAAUCUUGGGGCCUUAUUGCAGCAUGAGCUCACACAUAGGUCAUUCUUGACAAUCUCUGGUGCCUUUGAAACAAAGGAAUUGGAAAAUAGUCCAAAGUUUGGUUUCUCACUCUUGCUCAAGCCUUAAGGGGUUUAUAAAUAGGAACAACUUUCUAAGCUAUACUGUUACAUGUUCCUUCAAUUAAGUUGAAUGUAAGAAAGAAAGUUUUUAGGAAAUUGAUAUCAAUUGUUGGUUUCUUGCUGUUUUUUGUCUUGUUAUUUUUUCAAAUGAUUGAUUGGUUGGACGUCUGAAGAGUACAAGUCCAUUGUGUAUGCAUUAUAAACUAUUGAUAAUAUCCUGAUUGAUAACUAGUUGUGGGAAGAAAUUUAAGCAAUUAUUUAUUUGAACUUC